AUGGAUCACCACCACGGCGGCGGCCCCCUAGACCUGGCCUCUUCCAAGGCGGCCGGCGGCGGUCCCUGGAUCCUGCCUAAGCCGAUGGAGGUGGUGGCGUCCCCCGAAGGAGAAGAGGCAGCAGCCGUCACCUCCGUCACCGCCGCUGCCGCCCGCCGAGAACGCGAACGGUCCUCGCCGACGACGGAGGAGACCAGCAAGCGGCGGAGGGCGGGUGGACCGAAGGCGCGCACCGGCUGUGCCACCUGCAAGACGCGCCACGUCAAGUGCGACGAGCGCAAGCCCACGUGCUUCCGCUGCGAGAAGGUCGGCGUCGCCUGCGAGGGCUACGUCGAGCGCGUCGACAGGCGGCGGCGGAGGCAGACCCAGAACGUCGUGCGCCGGACGACGCCGCUGCUCAUCGCCCCUCGGUCCAGGUCGACGCCGUCCGAGGAGGAGGCCAAGCAGACCGACGAGUGUAGCUCGGAACAACACGCCGUCGUCGCCGUCGUGGCCCCGUCGCCUCAAACUACUCAGACUCGGACACAGACUAAGACUCCAUAUCCCACUCAGACCCAGACCCAGACCCAAACCCACACCCAGGUUCAGAUUCAUGCCCAGGUUCAUGCCCAGAUCCCGAGGUCCGUCUCCAUCCUGCCCGAGAUCUACCGCAAAGACGGCAUCUACUUCGACUACUUCCGCCACCAGGUCUCCACCAACCUGGCCGGCUACUACACGAGCCCGAACUGGUCCUACCUGGUCGUCGGCGAGGGCCUGCAGGACGACUGUAUCCACCACUCCAUCCUUGCCGUCGGCGCCCUCAUCCGCGCCUCGCCCCAGGAGGACGCGAAUAAUCCAGGUGGCGGCUUGCCACCACCCCGGAAGAAGCUGCUGACGGACGGCUACGGCGUGACGGCGCAUCGCGAGGUUGCCCUGCGGCAUCACGUCAAGGCGGUCAAGUCUCUAAGAGAACGGAUGGAGCUGAUCACGGCGUCGUCGCCAACGACGGUCGUCGUCACGACCCUGCUGCUCGUCGUCUACGAGCUGCUCCAGGGGGAGCCCAAAACGGCCGAGCUCCUCCUCAACUCGUGCCUGGGCGUGCUCAAGGACUGCAUCACCAUGUUCGAGAGCGGCGGCGGCGGCGGCUCGGGCGCCGUGGAAACAACAACAACAAGGCAACACCCUCGGGACUCCGAGUUCGACGACAUGGAGCACGUGCUGCCCUGCAUCGCGGCCAUGAGCCAUCUCUCCCAGUCUCUCCAGCCGCUCAGACGGCACACUCACCCCUUCAGGAUCGACCCGGGCCCCGACCUGCACGACCCGGAGCACGACUCCAUCUCGAGGUUCUUCAUCUCGUGGGGCCGCUUCUUCACCUUUGGCGUCGGCUUCGUCGGCAACUCGGCCGAUUUCGCGUCAACCGAGGGCGGCGGCGGCGUCGGCGGCGACAUCACCACUCUCGACGCCCUCCGCCACCGCCUCACCACCCACCAGCAGACGUUGCUCGCGCGCCUACGGCGGUGGAGGGCCGUCAUCCAGUACUACGCCCAGAGCCCGCGGGUCGAUGCUGGCACCAAGAAGGGCCUGCGCAUCGUGCAGAUCCACUGGCUGCUGCUGCACAUCACGCUCACCUGCUGCCUCGACCCGACCGAGGUCGCCUACGACGCCUUCGGCGCCGAGUUCCGCGACCUCACCGUUCAGUGCGUCGACCUGUACCGCGACUGCGUGUCCCAGCCGCGCCCGACCUCCGUCCUGCUGGGCCAGGGCCUCAUCCUGCCCCUCUGCACCGUCGUGCGCGCCUGCAGGGACCACGACGUCCGCAUGACGGCGCUCCAGGCCCUUCGCGAGAUCCCGUCGUCCAUGGUCUCCUGGGACGUCGUGUCGGCCAUGGACGGCAUCCUGGGCGCCCUGCUACUCGAGGAGACGGGCCGGCGCGCGGACGGGUUCGUGCCGCCUGAGUCGAGGUGGUUCUGGCUGGAGGACGUGCCCGUGGCACAAGAGACGGGAACGGGGACGGGACCGGCACACAGCAGCAGGCUUAAGGUGUACCAGAGGCUGUCGCCGGACUACAACGGCAAGGCCGUCCUCACGAAGCUGCGUACCACGUCUGACAUGCAGUCCAGGAUCUGUAAGACGGCGGGGUGUAAUAAGGAGCACGUUCUGGAUUCAGUUGUCGUAGAAGACUUGUGA